AAAUAAAUAUUGAUACUACUCUACUCUACUCUGCUACAUGGUAUUCCAAAGUCCCGUAAUAAUAAUAACAAUAAUCAGCUGGGUGGGUGUCGGAAUACGAGUGGAAAUACUAUAAAUGCCAAAUUUAUGAAUAUAAAUUAGAUACCCUCUUCGUUCCUUACUUGUUACUAUUAGCUUUUUCCCAUCCCCAAUUCAACCCGCGGGCGCCCAUGAAAGGACCACGGCGCUACGGCUCCCUCGGCGACGGCGACGGCGACGGUGGCGUCCGCCUCGAGCUGACCACCACCACCACCUCCCCUCUGGCAAUCGACGUGGCGGAGUCGGCGGAGAUGCGCAUCCAGCGCCUGAUCUCGGAGAAUCCGGUGAUCAUCUUCAGCCGUUCAUCCUGCUGCAUGUGCCACGUCAUGAAGCGCCUCCUCUCCACCAUCGGCGUCCACCCAACCGUCAUCGAAUUGGAGGAGGAUGAGAUCGCCGCCCUCAGCCCCCGCCGUACCGCCCGCGACAACGCCGAGGACUUAGGGGGCCCGCCCGCCGGAGCUGCUCCCGCGCUGUACAUCGGCGGCGCGUGCGUCGGUGGGCUCGAGAGCCUGGUGGCGCUGCACUUGAGUAAUAAUCUGGUGCCUAAGCUUAUUGAGAUUGGUGCUCUUCGAAAUGAAUUUCUAAUUAGCUAAAUAUUUUUCUUAUUUCGCCUUUCACUAUAUCUAGAUUAUAUAUAUGCAAGUUAAUUUUAGUAUUAAAAAAAAAAAAAAAAAAAAAAAAAAAAAGAAAAA